GAGGUGUCCACUGACUGGCCCACUGGGAAACUUCAGUCGCCGCAAAGAUUUGCCGCAUUGUCCCUAUUUCCGGGAUUUGGACGUCGAAGAUUCUCCGCCAAUCACACGCCGCGCCGUCCUCGCCAUUCGGCAAGACUUGGCACCGUUAGCGACCUUGGGCCAGCAGGGGGGGUCUCUCGUCUCUCACCUCUCACCCUCCUCGUACUCUCACUCGUACAUGGUACUCUUACUUUCACUUUCACUUCCAUUCUCAACCCCUACUAUCGCUCUCGCCUCUCACCACCACCACCCGUCAAUACUGUGUAACCACACGCACACACACGCAUACAAACACAAACACACAUACACACACACACUCUCUCUCUCUCUCUCUCUCUCUCCCCCAUGUAUCUUUACACCCGGGCAGAGCAGACGCACCCAAUGCCACCUUAUCUCUUCUUAGCCUGAACCGGCGGAGCUUCCCCCCCUUCGCACGCUGCCUGGGAUUCACUGCCAAUCUGGCGCUUCGAAAGACAUCUCGGCAAAGUCUGGCUCUAUUGAUAAUAGUAUCAUUGCAGACGGGCAGCUGUUACCUAACUCCGACCAGGGCGGUAUCCACAGCACGUCGGUGCUUCUCCUCGUGAAACGGCUGCUUGUCAUCCGACGAGGGGACCAGCUCUAACAAGCGGCGUUGCCUACAUUCGCUUAUAUCGGCUGUCUCUGCUACAGUGCUCCCCAUUCGUACUGCUUCGCGCAACCAACGAUAAAAGGGAGCCCAAGAGUGGAAUCAACAUCGGCAAAUACUUGAUUGGGCUCUGCCACCGGCUAUAUCGCCACCCAUUGACCGCACACACUCAUUCCAUACACACCAUGCCUGCUGGCACCAUCACCGCGCGGGUAGCCGUCUUCUGGAAGCCCGCGGGCCUGCAGCCGGCUGAAGGCGGACGGGGAUCGGCCUCAUCUUCCCAUCUGUGACACCAUGGAAGACGGGAAAUUUUCACAAACGGUCCAGCUUCAGCUCCGGGAAACCUGCAGCCACUCGGGCGUAGGUAGCGCCGGGGCCCGGGAUCGCGAAACCUCUCUCAGCAUGCUGCAUCUUCGGUCAUCCUACCUGUGGCCUACAACCACUGCAGCCGGCAUACGUACCUAGCCGCUGCUGCAGAUGCCAAUAUGUGCGCCCUCGGAGAAAAAGAAAAUUGAGGGGGGAGGGGGGGUCGCCCUCUACGGAUGCUGCCCGUCCACCCAUCCAUCCAUCCAAAACAAUGAUACGCUGCCCUGUUGCGCAGUGGUAACGACUCCGAGAGGUCCAAAGCGGCCGAAAGGUGGAGCUGGCCAAUCCUCGUGUCUCUUGAUUCCUCUUCUCGUUCUACAAAUGUUUCCUCCAAAUUGCUUCAUCGUUCCGGAAUGUCACAUCAUUCCGGCAGGUUCACAUCCACGCUCCCCCUUGUGCCUCACGACAAUUCGUGGAUCUCUACAUGUCGUCCUCCGCCCCCCCCCCCCUCGAGUGGGACGAGGGACGAGGACGACCCCCGUUACCAUCGCCUUAUCUUGA